ACUGAAGAAGGAUAUCGAGUAUCUGGCAUCGAGGCACUGUGUAUCACGCUAGAGCGGAUGGGGUAUCCGGCCCGCUGGAGGGAGCAAGUGAACAAGUUAGGGCGAUCGGAGAGUAAUCUCAGUUCCAUUUUCUACUAUGUAUACGGAACGGUGAGGAAAAUAUGCCGUCCAGGAGAUAGCAUCGAGCAGCGAGCGAUGUACAACGGUCACAAGCGUUCUCAUGCAGUGAAAUUUCAGGCCGUGACGACACCCGAUGGAAUUAUCGCGCACAUGUUUGGUCCUGCUCAAGGACGUGCGCACGACCUUACGUUGCUGGAGGAUUCAGACCUGGAGAAUAUAAUCGGCCGUGAUCAGCGAUUUCACGGCUACCUGCUCUACGGCGACCCUGCGUACGGCCAGGCGGACGUAUUUGCAUCUCCUUUUGACAAGGUGGGAGCAACAAGAGAAGAGAUUGAAGUCAACAGGUCGCUUAGCAAAGUGAGGAUUUCGGUCGAGUGGAUGUUCGGCAAAAUAAUUGGUGAAUGGGCUAUGCUGGACUUCAAGCGCAAAAUGAGCAUUGGGAACGUUCCCGUUGGUACGCUUUACGAGGUCGCCGCCAUUUUCGCUAACUGCGUGACGAUCGCACGGCACCAGAAUAUCAUUAACAGCUACUUUGAUGUUCGCCCGCCUUCAUUUGAGAAGUAUUUUGCUGGACUGACAAGAAUUAGUUGGAAACCAAAGCAAUAG